AAGUCCUCCAGUCCUGGAUCAAAGAAGCCGAGGAUGGCUCUGAGAAGCACCAACUUCAGCUUGGAUCUCAUUACCUGAAGCUUGCAGAAGUUGACAUUGAGAAAGAGGAUAAUGCUGCAUCUGCGGUUAAGUGGCUGAUAUCUGCGUCUAGACAAGGGAAUGAAGAAGCUACUGAGAAACUGAGGCACUGUGCUCAGACAGAGUUAGCAGGAAUAACAGACGUCAACAAAAAUGAAGUCAAGUGGUGCCUCAACACCUCAGCUCCUGAGAAAAAAGUUCGUUUUGCAGCAAAGUCUUUGUUCUCAAAGCUGAAUUCUGCUCACAAAGGAGCUUUGUCAAAGGAGGAGUAUGUUGAGGCCAUAAAUAAAUUAACUGCAGGACAUGAGAAGGAACGUAAACUCCUUCUUGCUGCUGGAAGGAAAAUUGGUUCCACUAUCACAGAGAAUGAUUUCGUUAAGACUCUUUCGAAAAAGAUUCAAGGGACUCUGACUCUGACUGUUGAUGAAAUGGAUGAAAAGUCUGCUGAUUAUGAUUCUUCUGGAUAUUUGAGAAAGGUGUUUGUGUACCCAAAACAAACCGCCCAGAUUGCUUUUGACCAAGGCCUGGAGUUUGCCAGCAAGGAAGGCAUGAAUGUUAUUGUGUCCCUGAUCCCCACCAACCAGAUCUACUUGCUGGCCAUGGUGUUUGCUUACAGCUUCUUGACUCCACAACUGUUGCUCCUGGUUGUGCCCCUUUUCGUCUUCUAUAUCUCUGCCCUUGUACUCAUCAUAAGUACUCUGCAGAUGUUCUACAAAAAACGUAAGCAGAGAGACGCCACCUCCCUGGCCCACUUGCUGCAAGAGAAUUUUGACAUGGAACUUGACGUGAACAGCACAGACUCACAGUACAGCUGGAACUCUCUGACUCCCUACAUUGUCUUCUUCACAGCAUUACCUCUCAUGGUCACUGCUUUCUCACUUGCUAACAAAGCUCAUAUUCCUUGUGCUGAGAUGUUUAUGGUGAGCCUUGUCAUGACUGGGUUUUGCUUUGUGGGUCUUUCGGACAGCCACGACAGUCUUACAUUCUUAGCUCUAGCCUCUCAUGCUUUUGCUUCCCUUCCUGUGUUUCUGGCGCAAGCUCCGAGGAUUCCCUUUUUGACUGCGGCUGUAGAGUUUUUCAUCCAGCCUUUUGUCUCUUUAGACUUAGGCCUUGGAUUUACAUUCAACAUAAGUUUGCCUGCUGUUGUCCACCUUCUAAUUCCUGUGCUCCUUAUGCGUAUGGCCAUGCGGGACUCCUGGUCGGGAACAUACCGUAUUGUAAUUCCUCAUUUGGUGUGCUUCUUUUGGUUCAGCAUCUCCACUGUUGUCUUUCCUUUCACUACAUUCUAUGGUUUGGCCCGUGCCACAGUUGGCUAUCUUAUGCUCCCUAUACUGGUUCCCCUUGGCAUGGUUUUCUUCAUGCUCGGACUUCUCUACUUGUUCUAUCAGUUGUUGAUGACUCAGAUGAUAGGAAAACUUGUGGUCACAGGAUUGCUCCUCUCUGUGCCUCUGCUACUGUCUCAGACCAAAACUCUGUUUGGCAAAAAGAAAGAAGGAAAAACGUCUCCCAAAAUGCAAAAAAUUAAAAAAGGUGUGAUGAUUGGGUUUUCUGUCUUAGCUGUUGUCCCAUUACUCUUUGUUCAAAUUCCUGCAUUGACUGAAAAAGCAGUGAUAGAUCUUCCUUGGGAAGAGUACAAAGGUUUAUGUUUGCCUGGGGAGAAUGAGAUUUCAGCCCCUUUUCAGAUUCGAUGCCGUGACUUUGUUGGCACAAGAGUAACCUGGGCUGGAGUAGUUAAGGAGGUAAAAGUUACAAAAGUGGAAAACACAGCAGAAUCUGUCAUCAAGUCUUUGCCCAGCUUCUUAGCUGACCCCUUGUACUGCAUUUAUGGUAGCCCCAUUGGGGAGUGCAAUGCUGAGACCAUGCCUGAGAAAGCUCUGAAACAUUGUCAGCUGGUCACAGCCACGGGCCGCACUUGUCACCUGAGAGACCAUAAUCAAAUUUCUCUCUCUCUUUCUGUUCAAGUGGAAGAUGUCACAGUGAACUUAGACGCUAGUGCCAAUUUUCAGAACAGACUAAUGGCUUUGGUACCGGGAGAUGAGCUUCAGUUCACAGGGUCGUUGGCGGAUAUCGGCACAAGAGCACCAUUACUGAAGUUGAAGUCUAUGACUUGCACCAAUAGAGACCUGCCUGUAAUGGCAGAGACAGGAGAUGAGUUUGACGAGGAUGUCGUCUACAAGAUGAUGAACGAGGCAUUAGCCCUCACCUUCAACUUUGGCUUCUUCCCUGUUAUCAAAUACUCUCCAUAUUAAUGGAGAGUUUUCAAAAGCGGAAAACAAACAGCUUUUCAUGCAUCUAAAGUUGUUGUACAAUCUCUCAUGUGUAUUGCUCAGGUUUCUGUUAUGUUUUGUUUUUAAUUGCAAUUGGCCUGAUUAGUAACUUUUUCUUUUCUUGCCAGUGAUUUAUUAUUUAAUUUUUAAUUAUUUUAUGUGACAGCAAUUUUGCUAGCCUUCACAUUUUUUUUCUUAACCCUUCCAUUAAUUUUAUGCUAUGACACCUUCGCUGAGGUCUUUUUUAAAAAUGGGAAUGGGUUAUGUGAGUGGGCAAUUUUUUUGUGUUAUCAUGUUGAUGAGUCUUUCUUGUAUUGGUAUUAUUGUUACUGCUGCUACGUUUUAGAGCUCUUACAAUGCCAGUGCUUUCUUUCUCUGCUUCUCAUGUUGACAAAUUAUACUCAAUUUAUAAACCACAUGUACUGAUACAUAAAGGGUAAAUGAACAAUCAAUUCUCAGACAUUGUGAGGGACAAGCUAGCUUCUUCCUAAAUCACCUUUGUAGCUUGUAAUCAUAAACUGUCAUUAGGCAUUUUAUAUAUAUAUUAAACGAAUUUAGAUUGUCAGUUUCACUUCUGGUAUCGUAAGCUGCUGAUUCAUUUUACUUCUUCUGUUUUUAUUGAUUUUAAUAUGUUUGCUUGUUGUUAUUGUUAGUAAUCAAAGAGUGUUAUUACAUUUUUAAAGUGAUAUUUCAAUCAUGGUCUACCAAAUGCAACGAAUAUGUUUCUAGAAAAUGAAAAUCUGAUUUCAGACUCUAAUGGCUAAUGGUUUUUAAAAAAAAAUGUUUACUUUCCUUAUUGUCAUACUCAGUAGGAUGAAAAUUCCCUUGAAAAAUCGAACCUUUUUCUAAAUUGUGUAAAAAUAUUCACGAAAUCGUGUAAUAUGUCUUCUACUUCUAGAUUAUCAGACUUGUGAUGUUUGACAUAGUAUUCUAGUGAGUACUGAGCCGAUUCCCAUUUUGGAUUGAAGGUUGUGCUCUAGAUGAAAUUCAGAAUAAGAACGUGGUAUGUUCACCUUUUGAAUGAUGCUUCAAAAUAAUGGGAUGUUAUUUACAAAUUUUUAAAUGUCUUCACUCUCUUGUAUUGUUUUGUGGUACUAAUAGUACUAAUAGACUAGAAAAGUCAAGUUUCCUGUAUAUUUUGAAAAAUAUGGUGAUAUAAAACAAAGUAAACUUUGGAAUGGUUCUUCUGACCUUUAAGGUGAGUUAAAAUAUUUUCUCAGGUUGUUUUUUUUUGUGUGUGGUUUUCAGAUCGAGGAAAGGAUUUUGUAUUGCUUUCUUAACCCCCUUCCUGGGGAUGCCAGUUUAUUGUUAUAUUUUCUGUGUUGAAUUUAGAAAGUCAAACUUUCUCAGAAAUCAUGACAGGUUUCUAGGAGUUUAAACACAGUCUCUUUCCUCUGUUCAGAUGGUACCUUAAUGAUACAUACUAUACUCUUUUUUACCCAAAUAGUUCAAUUCUGAAUUGAUUUUAGAACAAGUAUUCUCCUUACAUAUGUUGCUACCUGGAUUUCAGCGUCAAAUUUUUAAGAGUAGAAACUCUUGAAGUCAAAACAUUUUUCAAAUUAUUUUUCUCCGCUUGUUGAUCUUUUCACCUCAGUAAAUUAUGUGGUGCAUUAACAGUAAUUUUUUUUUCAAUAUUUAGUCUUUCUUCAAACUAGACUGAGCAUUUUUUUUUCUUAGUAAACCACAUUUAAAAGAAAAGUGUGGUGUUAUUCAUGGUGUAUACUCUGUAAUUCUUUUGAAUUUCAUUGACUAAAGAAAAAAACCAAAACAAUAGUUAGCUUGAUGUUUGGGAGAAGUGAUGAUGUUUACGUGGAGAAGUAGGUAAUGAUGUUCACUUUGGAAGCUUUUUGAAAAUCAUUUUUGCUGAACAAUAUUUCCUAACCCACAUUGUUGCGAUUAACUUUGUUAUCUUCUACUUUUCAAGACUUGACUUGCCAAAAAGUAAAAGCAUCUCGUGUGUUUGCCAUAUUGUUCUUCUUUAAUCUCUUUUCUCUCUGUGCCUGUAACAUAAUGUCUCAAGAUUAUGCUGAUGGUGGCCUUCACUGCUACUUGCUUGGUCAUUUCACAGAUCAUGAACGCAAAGGUUGUCAAAUAAAAAUCAGCCGAUAAACAUAAGGUAGUGUCAAUGAAGCAGCAGGUUUAUUAGAUAAGCCAGUUAUCUCACAUGGUGGGGCUGAAAUGUUUAAGGGACAGUAUACAGAGUUCCUUUUGUUAGUAUUUUGAAGAUCUGAAUGCCUCUUUUGUCUCUGCCAUUAUUUAUAUUUUCUCUUUUCGAUGCUUGUUGUCUCCGGUCAGUUGCCAUGAGGAAAACAAUGUAAAUAGAAGAGCGAUAAUAAAUACAGUUUUACAUCGAAACUUUUUGUAGAAUCCUGGCUUCUCUGUAAUCUGCUAUGUAGUUAAACAGCACUUUGUUUUUGUGCUUUUCUACAUUUCCUUCAAUAUAUUUUUAGAUGUCUUACCCCACCACUGUCUUUCUUAGAAUACUUCUUCAAGCGAUAAUGAUGAAACAUAUCUCUGUAUACUGAGCUUAAAAUCUUUCUUGAUUUUCUAUUUAAACUAAAUCCCUGUCAGGUGUAUUAAUAUUACUGACUCGAAGCUCUUUUGAGAUGAAAUCAGAAAAAGGUUGGUUUUGAACUCCUUGGUUGCUAUAAGAGGGAAAUACAGUAUGUUGUGCUUGAUUUUUUCUUUCAUGAUGAGAUGAUGUUGAUUUUUCACAGUGAGAUUCAGUGAAACAUUUUUCGGGGGUAGAUUAGUUGAGUUUGCUCCUCAUGUAUAAAGAACUGACGAAUCAAAGCCAUUUGUCUAAUACUCAUGUGUGUAUGUCGGUAUGUUGCAACUAUUAAUGUUAAUACACAAUGUAAUAACAUUCACCUUUUUAAAUUGUAGAGUGCAUCUGGGUUUGUAUUCCUCCAGUCAUGUUUCAGGUAUGAUAGUACCCAGCUAGUCAUAUAUUCCCAAGGGAUAGAUUUUACUUUUGGAAUAGAACUAGCUUCAGCAUACGACUAUAUUAAAUUAUUUCUAUGAGUGAAUAAUAAUUAUAUUAUGUCAUCAGAACUUUGGUUGUGUCAGCAUAAAAAUGUUGAGAGUAGAACUGUAGAGGUGAUGGCAAAUGUAACAUAGUCAUUUUUUCAAAUCUUGCACAAGAAAUGUUUCAUGAGGAGCAAAGCAGGUGCAUUGCAUGAUAAUGCUUAGAAAAGAUAGCUUUAACGAAAGUUGCUUCCUGAUAAGUAUUUUAGUAUCUUAGGCCAAUGGCCGAAAUCAGUCUCCUCCUUUCAUUGGAGGACCCAAACGGGUUCAAUAUUCCCAUGUUUAAUGUUUAUAUAACCUUUUGUUAUGGUUUGGGUUUUUUAGAUCUUUUUUCUAACAAUGAGAACUCAAAACUUUUAAGCUGAGUAGCAUAAACUUCUCUGUCCUGUCUUUCUGUCUUCUUAUAUGCUGCUUGCUUCAUUGAAAAGUUGUUGGGUUUCCUUCUUAAAUCAAAUUUCAAUAUAUUCUGUCCUAUGCACAAUAAUACUGUAGUUGCUAUUUCUAUUUCAUUAUUUACACGUAUAAAAUGGUUGUGCUUGUAAUGCUGGAAAAGCAAAGUAAUAUUUCACCAUGCAAAAAAUAUCCUUGUUGGUGCUGUUUUAUUUGUGGUUUGGUGCUCUACUUUUGGUGAUAUUUGUUAAAGAACAUGUCUUUUGAAUUUGUUAUGUUUUCAGCUUCUAGUAGUAGGGCUCUGUUGUACUCUCCAGGGUGAAAGGUUGUUCGCUCUUUUCACUAUAAAAAUUCCCCUUUUGCCUACCACCUUUUUGUUAUCCGCUAUGGCAGACAUAUCAUAAACAUUUAAUCAAAGGUGCUGAUAACACUAACACUAUAUAUGCACUAUUGUUAUAGUGGAAAUAUUGUCUUUUGGUUUUAAUUUUACAGCAUAUCAUCAGUGAGAAACUUGGUAUUUACAAUGAUUUUAUAUAAAAUUUACAAUACCAUCAUAUAUAUAUAUAUAUAUAAAUUGUUAUCUCUCACACUCAUUGGUUGAGGGGAAAAAAAAAGACAUGAAAAGUACAAAGAAAUUAUGCCAUGGUGCUCACAUGUAAGAAAAGACUGGGGAAAAAUUGCGGGGUUGACCGGUUUGAUUUUUUCCUGUUUAUGUUCAGUCUUCAAGGAAUUGCAGGUCUCCUUUUAUGGUAAAUAUGCCAGUGUCAGGGUCUUGCUUACUUAUUUUGCUUACUUUAGAAAAUGUAAAAUUAUAAAAGCACCUUGUAGUUAAGUGGUAAGCUUAUGUAUUGUAGAUGCAUAAUAUGGCAACGGGUUGGACUGUUAUACCAAACCACCAGCCUUUAAUUCUUUUGGAUAAUGUAGUUCAGUUGCUUAAUGCUUUUCUUUGCUUCACUCUCAUUUUGUACCCUUGGGGUUGUAUUCUUCACAUUUAGAAUACUUCUAGUUCAAAGAUCUCUUUGAAACUUUCAGUAUUUCUAAAAAAAUCAGGAUAUGAUAGUAAAACAUGACGUACGGAUAGGGUUAAUGGGCUCUAUUCUUUCUAAAAUGCCAUUUGUGCUGAUGUAGGUUUUUGUUUACUCACUGCAAUUGUCUUUUCCAUAAUUUACAAACUAUAAAUAACUAACAUUCUUAAAUUGAUGCCGAUCUCUCAUAUUUUUGUGAUAUUAUGCGGCUGUGUUUUUGGUGAUGAUGUGUUAACAGGCUGUGAGCUUAUCUGUACUUGGGUACCAAGUAAGUGUAAACAAAGGAAUUAGUCAUCUUUUAUGAAAAGUGACCAUGUGUAUAACAUUUUCACCACCUUUAUGUCUUGUGAUUCAAGGACGUAAUUUCUCAAAAAGAUUUGUCUUCUAAAUGAGGCUUGCUGAAUUGAGUAAAGUCAACGGAACCGUAGGUGAUGUUUUAUUUUUUAAAAUGUAGAUUAAAAUAUAUGGUUAGCACAGAUAGUGCUGUUCAAUUUCGUUAUCCUCUGAGAAGGAUGAUUGCUUUCCAAAGCUGUUCUUGUAUGUUUUACAUACUCUCUAUGAGAAAAAAAUAAGUGUUUGCUGUAUGUACUUGUAGUUUCUUGUCAGUUUACUCCAAGACACAAGUGUCAUUAUAUUUGCAGUGCGUCAUUUAUUGCUUUUUAAAAAAACUUUUACUAUGCUGAUCCUUACAUAGAGCAAGUAUCAUAAACUCAAUGUUUUAAAUUGCACCAAUUUUUUGUGUGUCGGCUUUACCUUAUAAAGGACCUACUACCUUGAUGUUUAUGGUACGUAAAGAGGUCAUGAGAUACAUUCAUAAUAAAAUAGAGUGCUUUAUUUUGCCAAUAUUUACUUUGGUUUCUACCUUGCUACCAAUUAAACUAUAUCUUGCAACAUCA